AUGGAGUCAGAAGAAGAACUCGUGGCUCUUGACCCGAGAGAAACACGACCUACUAAUUCCUGGACGAGAGAUCAAAGGAUAUUCCUUUGUUGUAUGUAUAGGUUUUUUAAGGCAACACCUGCGGACUACACAAAAAUUUUCAACUUUGUUUUUGAGAGUCAUCUACAGAAGCAGGGGUUCACACCUGGAACCUUUGGUGUCAGGUCGGUCCAGAGCCAAUGGCACGACCUACGAGUCAAGGACCGCGAUGAAUUUAGAUCUGUAUUCAGCCAUCCUUUAUCUUCAGACCACUGGGACAGCGUGAAGAAGGGCAUCAGGAAUGCAGUAGCUCGACUUGGGAUCACUCUUAUCAAGCGCGAGACUGACGAUUCCAUCCCUGAUAUCUAUCUAAGAACACCAGAGUCUCUGCGCACAGCACACGGGCCUUUGCUGAUACAUACUCGAGUCUCUGUCAGAGAGCAACCAUCCUCAUCAAGAUCAAGGCGAGUAUCAGACCUAGCUACAACAGCAACAGUACUUUCACCAGAACCUGAGAUCUCAGUCGCCCCUAAUGAUAUGGAUAUCGAAGCUCACACUGAAGAAGAAAAAUCACUUCUUUGCACCAAAAGCGGCUGCUUUUGGUGUUUUAAGGAGGGAUUGCUAUCACCAGAGGAUGAUAUGGUCGAGGAUCUGGAGGCAGCGUGGAAUAUUAGCCCCUCUAGUCCUGUUCAUGUCCAGCAUUCAUCAGGGGGAGUGCCUCGUACUCUAUAUCGGUGGUUUAACCUCGAGAGCCAAGGAGUGAACAGCAGGUCGAUGAUGCUAGCUGGGAUGUUCGCAGACACGACUACGAGAUCAAAAAGUCCUCAAGAUUUCUCAGAUGCACAGUUUCGAGAGAUGUUCGUCAAUCAUGCUAGCAUAAACCACGCACCGUCCCCAUUCAUAUCAGUAUUCAGAUCGCUCCUUGCCCCCGUCCAUAGAGGCCUCCGGGCUGAAGCAGCCGCCGUGGCAGUUAUCGACACGUCGGAGAUGGACCAUACCCAGAUCUUUUCAGCAGAGCAUCUUGUUCGCGAGACCUCACUCCAAAUCAGAUCCUAUAAGGGAUUUGGAGAGUACCUUGUCUGGAGAGUAAUUCCGACUGAUGCCAUCAAAUGCGUCUUUAAGAUUAGCGACCUAAUGAAAAUCACAAACGAGCACCCUGAUAUCAACAGUCUUCUUCAACUGGAUGUCCUCAAGUCGCAACUUCUUUGUCGGAGUUAUACUCGCCGACAGCUCCGUGACACGACUUCUGGAUCCUAUGAUCGGGCAUCUGGAACUUCUGUCGGAAAGCUUUUGAGCCUUCUAGGCAUUCCGAGAGAGAUGGUAGGCAGUGUCGCAAGGAAGGUCGCUCUAAAUUGGCAGUUCCGAAAGAUUCCUGGAGGCCACAAAGAGUUCUUCAACGGUGUAUACGGGGAGUGGUCAAUGCUUUCGCCUACGCCCCAGGCACCGCUCGUUACUUUUGAUCUAACCGAGGAUAUUGAUGACGAUGAGGCCGAUGAUCACGACUUCGAAGACGGUGGCGACGACGACGACGACAACCGCGACGACAACGUACAGGAACCCGAAGAUACUCGCAAAACGGUUAUCCAAGACGCCCCCAGUGAAACGACGUCAGUGGUCACAUCCGGCGAAGAUCUUCUGGAUAUCGAUUUGAACUUCUUGGAGACUGAUUUCCUGGACUCCCCCACGUCUGCACCAGAGACUCCUUGUCCUGUCGGUACGAAACAUUCUCUUUCAAAUAAAGUCUCGAUCGAACGAACGACGAUUAGCUCCGUCACUGCUACAUCUCCGUCGAGGAACCUUGUUCUGUACAACCCUCGCACCGAAGAAUGGUCCCGGUGGGGGCUUCAACAAACAUCAACACCACUAACAUCACCGGAAGUGAUUGUUAUCGAUGAUAUCGAUGACGAUGGCAAUAACGGCCAAACAAUUGACAGGGUCGGCAACCUCGAGUCUUCUCGUCACGAGCCCACCAACCCUAGAAACAUGGAUAACAUUCAAGUCUUGAUCCCAAGGCGACGGUUUGAAGAGGAACGUGCUCAGAUCCGACGGAUUCUGCCUUCAAACUUCACCUGA